AUGGUGUAUGAUAUUCGUAGGUUUGACAUUUAUAGAAAAGUCCCAAAGGAUCUAACCCAACCCACAACGACCGGUGCAAUCAUUUCUAUCAGUUCUGGCGUCUUCAUUCUCUUUCUCCUCGUCUCCGAGCUCCUGACCUUCCUCCGAACUGACAUCAUCUCCGAGCUGUACGUCGAUGAUCCAACUACCGGCGACAAGAUCCCCGUCAACAUCCGAAUGUCGCUUCCUGGAAUCGAAUGUAAAUUCUUGGGCGUCGACAUCCAAGAUGAACAUGGACGACACGAAGUUGGUUACUUGGAGAACACGCGCAAAGAUCCCAUUAACGGCGGAAGAGGAUGUAUGUUCGGUGGAACUUUUCAUGUAAACAAAGUGCCUGGCAACUUCCACAUUUCGACUCAUUCCUCUCAGGUGCAACCAAAGGACCCAGACAUGAACCACGAAAUUCACGAGCUCUACUUUGGUGAAAGCAUGAAAAACAUCAACAGCAAUCUUCCAGCAAACUUCGUCCCACUCAACGGCAAGAAUACCAAAGGCGCUGAGAAGAUGGCAUCGCAUGAUUACACCCUCAAAGUCGUUCCAACGGUCUACCAGGAUAUCAAGAGAAGAACGAAGUUUGGCUACCAAUUUACCGCUGUCUACAAAGAUUUUGUCGCCUUCGGCCACGGGCACCGAGUAAUGCCGGCCAUUUGGUUCCGCUACGAAGUCUCUCCUAUCACUGUCAAAUACACCGAGAAAUCAAAGCCCCUUUACCACUUCCUCACGACUUUCUGCGCCAUCAUCGGUGGAACUUUCACCGUUGCGGGAAUGAUCGACUCCAUGAUCUUCUCAGCUCAUCAAAUGGUCAAAAAGGCUGGCGAGGGAAAGCUCAGCUAG